UCCAAACCAUUGAAUUACUCGAAUGCAAAAGCCAAAAAAUGCUUUAGAUUUAUUGAAGUCUGAAAAAGUCCGGACACCAACCAACAGACACAAACUGGCCGUCCUCGCCCGAGCUGCGACUCCUAUCCUGAGUAAACCUCCGCCAAUAAUUCAACUAACGCGGGCAUCAGGUGUUGUACAUCACCGGCGGGGCACCAAUUAAAGGCAAAAUAAAAUCCAAAACCAUCUUUCUUGUAAUUGAGGCACCUCAUGGAUCUCCUCCGCUACUCAAUCUCCCGAUUACCUACGGCUAAUCCUCACCUUAACUUCCCUGCACCUCUUCGUCGACGCUCUUUCACAGUCAGGUCGAGCUUGAGUCUACCUUUCUCGGAGGAGAAAGCAGUGUACUACAAGCAUCUUGAAGCUGCAGUCGACGUCGUCGAGAGAGCUUGUCGUCUCUGCGUCCAUGUGAAAAAAUCUUUGUUCUCGAGUGAUGGAAGUAUCCUCGAGAAAAACGAUCAAACCCCUGUGACAAUUGCAGAUUUUGGGGUGCAGGCUCUUGUUAGCUUAGAAAUGAGCAAAUUAUUUCCUUCUAUUCCUCUGGUAGCAGAAGAGGACUCCAUGUUUCUGCAUACAAACAAUCUGGUUGAUGCUGUGGUUGAUGUGCUUGCUGAUAGAGCAACUUCCAGAGAUAAACUGACACAAGAUGAUGUUUUAGAGGCAAUUGACCGAGGGGGCAAGGAUGCCUAUGCUUUUGGACCUAAACCAGCCACUUAUUGGGUAUUGGAUCCCAUAGAUGGUACCAGAGGAUUUGUAAGAGGUAGUGAGGCUCUUUAUGUGGUAGGCUUGGCUCUUGUAGUUGAUGGAGAGAUUGUUUUAGGAGUCAUGGGCUGCCCUAACUGGCAGGAGAGCCACCCUGACAAGUCUAGCUCAAAAAACCAGGAAAAUGAAAAUGCUGUCUCCAUGUCUGGAAUAAUUAUGAUCUCACACAUAGGGUGUGGAACAUGGAGAAACACUUUGUGGGAAACAACCAAUAUGAUGGGUGGAUUACUAGAUAAUUGGAUCAGAUGCUUUGUUGAUGAUUGUCAAAUAGUUCAUGAAGCACGCUUUUGUAUUCCUGAUAGUCAAACAUGGGAGUCACUGCCAUUAUCGCUUUUAUAUAAUGCAACAACUGAAGCUGAGUAUGUUGGGAGUAAGGAGGUUCUCCUUCUACCUGCUUGCUGUGGAAGUUUGUGCAAGUAUCUGAUGGUGGCUUCAGGGAGGGCAUCUGUUUUCAUCCAAGGUGCAAAAGCUGGAAAAGUUAUAAAGGCUUGGGAUCAUGCAGUUGGUAUUAUUUGUGUCCAUGAAGCAGGGGGAAAGAAUUCAUAGGUCCACAAGUAUAAAUCUGCAUUUUAUACAGUUCUACUUUAUUGCUGGUGAAAGAUGGAAAAGGAUUGGCUUGUUAACAGGUGACUGACUGGAGAGGGAGUGAACUUGAUUUUGCAGCAGAUCAAGUCAAAAGGAGAAUCAUAUUUCCGUCAGGUGGUGUUCUUGUGACAAACGACAGCUUACACCAAGCUAUACUAGAGAUCAUAUCAUCAGGUUCAUUGGUGGAUUCAUAGUACAAGGCACUUGAGACCUCUUUUGACAACAUCCUUCAUUCCCUUUUUUUUUUGGUGCCUGUUUCACAUUGAUUUCUACAUUUAUGUGCCCUUGAUGGCUUCAUUCUUUCAGAUUCCUGCUAUUGUACCAAAUACCUUGUUUUACCAUACUGAGGUACAUUGGUGCAGAGACAGAAGUUAUGAAUCAUCAUGUAAUAAAAUUGUAGACCGCAGAGGAAGUUGUUGCAAGUAGUAAGGGUUCAUUAUUUGUAAGAGGUUCUGAAGCUACUCUCGUUCAUAUUAUUCAUCAGAUAUUUUUUGUUUCUAUGAUUUUCAGACACUUUUGAACUCGAGAUAGCUCUCUCUCUGGAUAUUGAUAUGGUUUAUUAAAUGAGAAUAUUCGACUUGUCUUAA